AUGUCCUCUCCAGAUAUAGACCCAUAUGCCACCUUGGGAGUCCCCAAGGAGGCUUCCAUUACAGAGAUUCGAGCCGCCCAUCGCAAACGGGUGCUCAAGUGCCACCCAGACAAGAUUCAAGAUGAGUCACAACGAAUGAUUGCCCAAGACGAAUUCCAGCGGGUGCAACAAGCCUACGAACUCCUCUCAGACGAAACUCGACGGGAUCGCUACGACAAAAAAGUUCGACUGGCUGAGCUCAAACGAGAUGUCGCCGAGCAAAGGAGACGAACAGGCGAGUCAGCAUACGCAGUACCGCGAAGUGGUUCAUCGCGUGAGUUUCGCGAAGGCCAUGUGGUGGAAGAACGGGCGCCAAUGGAAUCCUUCCUCGACGAGGAGUUCCGAUUCACAGACGAACCCCGACCAAUGCACCGCAAGACCAACGAUUACGAGAGACGACCGAAGACUAAGACAGAAGAGAAGAAGAAGACUCGCGCUCCACCGACCAGUGAGCGAGCAGCGAAGGAGCAGGUCCGGGAGAGCACCAAAGCCUCACAUUCGGAGCGACAACGACAACGCGAUCGGGAACGACAGAGACAGACCUCCGAGAAGUACUACGAUUACAGUCGCUACAUAUCCGACGAAAGCGAGUCUGAAUCAGAGGUUUCCGAGUACGAAUAUGUUCGCAUGAAGAAACAGCCGUCUCGCCGUACUCGCGAGUCGCGCUCUCGCCCAGCAGAGUCUUCUCGUCGCCGAGAGCAUGUCUAUGAAGAUGCUCAGUACAGAACCGAAUACAAGCCCGAAUACAAGCCGGAGUAUAAAAGUGCUACUCGAGCUGCAGAAGAUUACAUCGAACGUACGAAGUACGGCGGUGUGCCAGAUGACCCCAUCCGCUCUUCGCGGUCUCCACAACGACGCCGUGGUUAUGAUUCGGUCGAACCAGAGAUUUCGGCUUCGCGGCGCGCGGGGCGCUCUUCGUACGAGAACCUGGAUUCGCCUUCGCGGAACUACGAGAGCAAGCCUCCCAAGAUGCCUUCGGUUGCUACCCAACCCAUCAAUAAGGCAUCACUGCGUCCCUCGCUACUUUCUACCCGAUCGGCCAAUGCCGCUGGCACUGCUUUCACAAGGCCUAAGGCAUCAGGUCGUGAUAAUGACGUUCUCGCCAAGAUGGCGGCGGAACCCAUCCCACGAUCGUCAAAGAAGUACGAAUCGGCCCACUCAAGUCCCUGCACCACUCCCGAAAUCCCCCAAGCCUCUCCCAAGGUUACAACCCGUUACACUAUCGAACCUACCAUAAUCGAACCCUCCAAAUCGAAAUACCGCACCGCAUCUCCCUCCCGCCGCGAGCGUGAGCGUGAUCGUGAGCCCCGCACAGCGCCUCCAAAACGUGCCAGUACUUAUGACUACAAAUCUGAAAGUUCUCCUCGCAUUGAGGUCCGUCAGGUCCGUCCUACCAGACCCCAUGGAGAUGUUGAAUACUCUCCCCGUGUCAGGCGGGAGGAUGUCAAGUUCGCCCAGGAGAUUCGGCCUACGGACGCAACGACCUCAAGUCGCUCCUACUAUGGUGAGCAACCACACCGUCAAGCCCCGAGACGGAUGGCAACCUAUGCUUAG